AUGUUUUAAAGUGGUGGGCCCUUUUUGGUAGAUUUUUUUCUUUCGUCCGACUCUGUGGAGGAGCUUUUAAACGUGAUUUAUCUGUUUAUGAGAGCGGACGCGGUGCAACGCGAGCUUCCCGCUGGUUAUUACUUGUUUUAAACAGGUGUUUCGGACGCUUUUAUUCGCACAGGCGCCGGACGUGAUGUAGAAUCACGAGCGGAGGAAGUAAUGGACCAUCAUAAAACCCAUAAUCGAUUUCGAGGGAGGAUCAACCGAAAACGUUUUGCUAAAAGGAAAACUUUUAAAACGUUUUGAUUUUCAAAAACUAACGAUCUAGUAGUUAACGCUCUACAUAGCAGAAAUGAGACAAUUUCUUUUUUAUCUUCUCGUGGUUAAUUCACUAGAAAAUUGUGCCUUACGGUAUUUUAAACGACUAUAAGAGAAGACGUAAAGAAUUUUAAGAUUUAGAAAAGAAAUAAAAACCAAGAAAGAUGUUGUUUGUAGUCAAAUUAUUUUACUUUGUUUAUUUUGUAAGAAUCGGAUUUUGCUACAACGUUAUUGAUGUGGAUGACAUUUUAUCCGAUGAUUUAAUGCCUGGUAAUCUUUUAAUGCUAGAAAAUGCGAAUAGAAGUGAUACAAAAGAUAAUAUCACAACAGGAUCUUUAAAUGAUGCUAUGUCGACCAUGGACUUUCAUAGGUCAAAAAUGAAUGAGUACCUGUGCAGAAAUUAUUUAGCGGAGCAAAUUGUGCAAGACAUGACCAUUCCAACAUUUUCAAGAAGAUCAAGCACCACUCCACUUAAUUCUAAAGAAUCUUUGAUGAUCGAUGAAGGAUCAAAAUCGUACAAAGAUUGGUUAUCUAAAAGUGCCACAUUAGAAGACAUUUACAGGCAUUAUAACACCCAAUCUAAUCCCACCCAAUCAAGAAGGAACGAUGAGGUUCGCAACGAAGAGGAAAACGAAGAAUAUGACACCCACGUAACCAAUUACGUUUACGAACACCCAGCAAAACACACCACUUAUAAUUUGUACGGAUCCGGAAGCGGUUAUGGUUUAGCAACCCCAUCUUUAAGUUAUUAUCCAUCCAUUCUCAAUGGAAACAGCAAUUAUGGAACGGUAUCAGUGCACAGUUAUGAUUCAAACCACGCAAAUCAAAAUUAUUCCCCGAAAUAUAAUAAAGAAAAAGACGUCACAGAUUUAUUCGAUAUAGCAUUGACAGCUUUAGCCUAUUUAUCUUUUGGAAUGUUCAUCGUCCACGUUGUUAUGUGCAUUGCAGCAGUGACCAACAACACCACCACCGUUGUCACCAUGAUGCCUAUGAGUAUGGGACCGGAACCGACAGGUGAAGUAGAAGAAGCUGUAAGAAUAAAAGACAACCUUAACUUCAGACACAAAAGACAAGUACAAUCCGAUAUCAACAUCAACGAGCUUGCACGAAAAAUUUUAACAUCCAUAGAGGCAGCUUUGGUGGCCAAUGAGGAUAAAGGAUCAUGUUUAAGGUUACAAUUGUGCGAAAAUAAUAAAUAUUCAAGAGGUUUAAAUGAUAAUGGGAAACUUUGGAUACCAGUUUGGAGUUUGGGAAUGAGUUGGUUAUCGGGAAAAUUAAUUAAAAACGUUCCUGCGGCAACUUCAAUGCUCGACGGACUGAAAGCUUCGAUUUUAGGGCUGGGAAAAGCGAAUUGCGAUCGGAUUUACAAAGAUUGCAAUUUACACGAUGAAAGGAUAAAACAAAAAGUUAAAAGAAAAAAAUAAUUUUGCGUUUUACUACGAGAUGGGGUAAUAAAAAAAAUUGUCUGUAGACUUUAAGGUUGCCCUUUGAUUGUAGAUGACGCGAUUAUAUUGAGCGGUUUUAAUAUUUUAGUACCCCCAUUGAAAGGUGGCGUUUGAAAGCUUUAUAAUCGAUGCCCUAUUUCUGCAUUUACAGAUACGACCAUGUAAUUGAUCACGGGAAUAAAAUAUUUAAUUUAUA